AUGUUCAUCUUCCUUCUUUCAGUGCUGUUGGUCCUUCUCGGAGGUUUCUUCUUCAAACUUGCUGUCGCACACAGCAAAUCCUCAUCAACCACCACCACCAACACGACCACCACUUCACCAUCGACUCCAUUGAUCAAAAAGGAAAAAUCCACAUUGACAUCUGGCACUUUUGAAAAUACAACAACUUCCGAAACAACACCCGUCGAUUCCAAGAAUCGAAGAGAUUCUCUCGAUCUCUCCCUCGUCAUGCCUUCCAAAGAAGAAUUUCGUCAAGUUUUCAAAAAUGUUUCUUCCAUGUUUUUAAAAAACAUUUCCGAACAAGUUUCGAAAAUGGAUAAAAUGUUGAAUUUGGCACAAUCGGGUCAACACUUGUCGAGUAAGAUCAUUUCCGAGACGAGUAGUAGCAAAUUCGACAAGGUAUAUCAAUUGGCAGAAGAAGAACAAACCUUGACAGAAAUAAAACAUGGCGAUGAACAUGAUGACGAAGAUGACGAAUCGACAGCUGUCAUUUGUUUGUCACCUUCCAUCGAAGACGAAGAAAUGGAAUCCGAUGAAGAAGACAAGUCCUCCUCUUCCUCCGCCACGACCAAACAAACUCCUCUCUCCGAAGAAUCUAAAAAAGAGAAAAUGAAUGAAAAACGAAAAAAUAUUUUAGCAGAAAUUCUCAGCACGGAAGAAUAUUAUGUGAAAGGUCUUCUCAUUUUGGAUUUUAUUUACAAGAGACAAAUCGAACAAAAGAAAAUUGUCGAUCCCAAAGUGUUGAAAAUUAUUUUUCAAGAUGUCGACAUUGUGUGUAAUGUGAAUUCGAAAUUUUUAGAAGAAUUACGAAAAAUUUAUGAAAAGGAAAAGAAUUUGGAAAGAGAACGAGAACGAGAACAACAAACAAAAUCCUCGAACAUGAAAGCCACUAGUAAUUCUGGAAUGAAUUCUAAUUAUUAUUCAAGUUUGGGAGAAUUAUUGAAUACCUAUGCACAUACAUUUAAAUUAUAUGCAAAUUAUAUUUCUGGUUAUAAAAAGGCAUCGGCUGCUCUAUCGGAAGAAAAGAAGAAGAAUAAGCAAUUGAGCAAGUUUUUGGAUGGAAUGAAAUUAUUGUUGAAGGAACAAGGAGAGAGAAUUACACAGUUGGAGAGUUUUUUAGUGACACCUGUUCAGAGAAUUCCUCGUUAUCGAUUACUUCUUGAAGAUCUUUUAAAGAACACUCCAGAGGAUGAUCUUACCAAACCAAAACUCAAAGAAGCUCUCGAACUCAUCAAAUCUAUUGCUUUAUAUGUCAAUGAAGCUGAAAUGAAAGUUGAAAACAUUCAAGUGACUUCACACAUGGUUCACAAAUUGAAACUCAAAGGAUUUAUCAAACCAUCAAGAUAUUUAUUUGAUUAUUGGGCUGAAGAAAAUAACAAUACCAUUCAAUGUCGAAGCAAAUCAUCACCUUCUCGUGUCCAUAAUUGUGAAGUUUAUGUAUUUAGUGACAUUUUGGUGUUCCACAAAAACUUUGAUAGUUUUUUAGGAGCUAAAUUGGAAUUACUUCAUACUCGAAAAGGAGCAAAACAAAAGAAUAAGCUUGUCGUGAAGGAAGUUCAAAUUAUUUCAUCCUCCAACACAAUCAGAGACUCUGGAAAUGCAUUGGAAGUGACUGUGAAAUUCAUGUAUGAAAAUCAUUCGAGUAAGGAAAUUAAAUUGUUACCAAAGAAUGUGGAGGAAAAGACUCGAUUAGAAAAUGCACUUCGUAAAAGUAUUUCAGUAUCUACAAAUACGAAUACUCAAGGAUUUUCAUUGGGAAAGAAUGUCAAGCAAUAA